CCAGAAGACACUUUAUACGAUACCAUGAACUACUGUAGGAAUCCAGAUGGCGACAAUGGUGGCCCUUGGUGUUACACAAGCGACCCAAAUAUAAGAUGGGAGUACUGCGAAUUGGAAAUGUGUGAUGGACAGUCCACAACUACUCCACCACCUGAAUUGUCAACUACCUCAAACCCUGGUGCCGAAUGCCCCGUAAGAGUGGGUCCUGAAAUCAAAGACCUUCCUAGAAAUCUCGGUAACAAUGCCUACCUCAUUCAAGAGCUAACGUUCCCAUGUGACGGUCGCAUAGAGGCAUGGGGGUACUUUCGAGCGAACCCCAAUGGUACGGUCUACAUAGACGUAUGGCGAUACCGCAGCAAAGACCGGUUUACUCUCGUCCAUAAGACUGCUGUUCCACCAGCAGAAUCUGGCAUACAAUUUGUACCUUUGGCUCAGCACAUUCCCGUUAGACAAGGAGAUUUCAUAGGAAUUCAUUAUACAAGAAAUGCAUCAGCCGCAGUUGGAAUCAUACCGUAUGCCAGUGAAGGAGACACGGUACCCCAACGCUUGUACAAUACGCGCAUUAUAAAAAUGUAUAAUGAUGAAACUUCAGAGGGGGCUAUAGUGGACGCAUCAAAAGGAAUAAUGCGUCAGAUGCUUUUCU